GUCACGGUCAACAAUGGCCCCAGAGGCCUUGUUGGCAGGCGUCCCUGGGGACACAGGCAGACAUGCAGACCCUGCGGCGGGGGGGCGCCCGGCCCUACGUCCCGUCGGGGACCCUGGAAACCGACUUCCCCGCACCUCUGCACAGCGAUGACUACCUGUCCCUGGAGGGACCCCGCUGGGCACCGGCCAUCAAGCAGGCCACGCGCUGGAAGUACACACCCAUGGGGCGCGACGCAGCCGGCCAGCUCUGGUACACGGGCCUGACCAACGCGGACCCCCGGGAAGCCUGGUACAACCUGCCCCGGGCCCCCGGCAGCGCCUUCCGCGAGGCCUACGGCCGCUGGCACAGGUGCUACGGCCACCGAGAGCGCAGCCUGCCCUCGGCUUACACCCAGCACUUGCGGGAGACGGCCUGGUACGACCCCAUCGUCCCCGCCCAGUACGAGGGUCCCAGCACGCGCUGGGGGAGCAUGCUGUGGAAAGACAGGGCCGUCCGGGGCAAGGAGUACGUGGUCAACAGGAACCGAUUCGCGGCGGAGCCGUCCUGGCGGGCAUCCGACUACGUGCCCUACCUCUCAGCACCACAACGCCCACGCUACACCACCCAGAACUACCGGCACUGGGACCUGAACCCUUACUGCCCCUCGACCAACCGGCGGUCCCCGCCUGGCUACACGCCCACUCUCGGAUAAAGGCCAUUCUGCCUGA